AUGUCCAACACUUCAGACUUCAUCCUGAAGAAAGAGGAUCACACUCUGGGAAACCUGCUCUCCGACUACAUCAAGGCCCACCCCAACGUCUGGAUGGCGGGUUACAAAAGAUGGACAAUGGGCAGUCCCGCUUCACGUGCUAAAUCUUGGAUAGUUGCUCACCCCAACGUACCCGAGAUGUUCAUCCGCGUUCAGACCGACGGCACCAUCUCGCCGCGGGACGUAUUCAUGUCCGUGUGCGAGAAGCUCAUCAACCAGCUAGAAAUGCUACACCAGGAAUUCACACGAGAAUGGGAGCUGCGGCGCAUCACCAACACGGGAGAGCAGGGAAAUAUGCCGAGCAAUGGAGCUUAA